ACUUCAGUUGACUUCAGUCGGAAGUUUUCCGAUCUGAACUCUGAACUGUAUACGCCUACUUAUCAGCAGUUAUAAAACCGAUGUAGAUUAAACAAAGUUUACUGAACUUAUAUCAAAUUCAAUUCUUCUUCUGUUUGAAAUAACUAAUCGAAUACAAUCGAUACAAUCAAACAUACAUUAGUAUACAAAUGAAUAAUCGAUUUUAGUAUUUCAGACACUAUAUAGUACGUAAUUAAAUAUGAACGUAGAAUUUAGUAUUGUAACUCAGUUAUAAGAAGUUCGUAAUAUGGAUAAACCUGUAUCUUCGGAUAUUGUACUUAUAGCUGGUAAUUCUCAUCCAGAACUGGCUAAUCUUAUUGCCAAUCGAUUGGGUGUUAAGCAUGGAGGAUGCUCUGUAUACCAUAAAUCAAAUCGCGAAACAAUGGUUGAAAUCGGAGACUCUGUGCGUAGUAAGGAUCUUUACAUUAUUCAGACUGGAACAAAGGAUGUGAACAAUAACAUAAUGGAACUUUUGAUCAUGGCAUACGCCUGCAAAACUUCUUCUGCAAAAAACAUUGUUGGAGUUAUCCCAUAUCUACCUUACUCUAAACAAUGCAAGAUGCGUAAACGUGGUUGUAUAGUCUCUAAAUUAUUAGCAAAAAUGUUAUGUAAGAGUGGUUUAACUCAUAUAAUUACGAUGGAUUUACAUCAGAAAGAAAUACAAGGAUUCUUUGAUGUUCCUGUGGACAAUUUACGAGCCAGUCCUUUUCUAUUACAGUAUAUACAAGAAUCUAUUCCAGAUUAUCACAAUUCAGUGAUAGUUGCAAGAAAUCCUGGCAGUGCAAAAAAAGCAACUAGCUAUGCAGAAAGAUUACGUUUAGGUAUAGCAGUGAUUCAUGGAGAGCAGAGAGAAGCAGAAUCAGACAUGAAUGAUGGGCGUUAUUCUCCACCUGCUUUGGCUUCAAGAACAAUGGAGGUUGGAGUUGGUGUUCCAAUGCAUCCUGCAAAAGAAAAACCACCGAUUAAUGUAGUAGGAGAUGUGGGUGGACGUAUAGCCAUCAUGGUGGAUGACAUGAUAGAUGAUGUCCAAUCUUAUGUAGCUGCAGCAGAAGUCCUUAAAGAAAGGGGAGCAUGUAAAAUUUAUGUUUUGGCCACACAUGGUCUUUUAAGCUCUGAUGCUCCGAGAUUAAUAGAAGAGUCUCCAAUUGAUGAGGUUGUUGUAACAAAUACAGUUCCUCAUGAUAUCCAAAAGAUGCAGUGCCCAAAAAUAAAGACUGUUGAUAUCAGUAUUUUAUUGGCAGAAGCUAUUAGACGUAUUCACAACAAGGAGUCCAUGUCUUAUUUGUUUAAAAAUGUCACUUUGGAAGAUUAAGAAAUGUGUCAAAACAAUGUGUCUUAAAUACGUUAAAUUUCUGUAUCCAGGGACCAUACUCAAGACAUAUCUACUACAUUUUGUUCAUUGUUUUACAGAGGAAUGAACAUGCUAGUCUAUUUUAGAUUAAGUCAGUAGAAUUAUUUGAAAGUUUCCAACAAUCUUCAUUUAUCACUGAACUACGACUUUUACGCAUUUAUGACAUGUGUUAAUAUGGAAAAUAUAUGUAUAUUAAUAUGCAAAAUAUAUUUAGAAUAUACUUCGUAAAUUAAUAUGACAUCAAUUUUUCGUAUAUGUAUGUAUUGUAGAUAUAUUGACAUAUGCAUCUCAUAUUUGCACACGUUGUAAGUUAACUGUGGAGCUUGUGUAAGAUUAGUUAAAAUAUUUUGAUAUUACUUUUAACCCAGUGUUGUAAUCUACAAGAUUUUUUUUUCAUAUUCAAAAACAUUAUAUACAUGUUUCAAACCACAAAGAACGCAAAUACAUUAUUUUAAACUUGAAUCUAAAGAUUCUAGAAUGUAAAAUAGUAAUGUAAUUUAAAAAAUAAAAUAGGGUAGGUAUUUUUA